UCAUUAACAGACAGACUGAAAUAUUGAAAUUAAUAAAUAAAUUAAAAUGUUUUAUUUAAAAUUAACUAUAACUCUGUUUUUAAUCAUCUACCUCAUCAAUCCCUCCUUAAGUAAGAACUACGAUGAGGAAAUAAACUGUUCUAUACAACGAAAGUGUUCAACUAAAGAAGAUAUUGUCUGGGCAUCGGAUAAUAAACAGUGUUAUUUAUAUAGAAACCCUUGUAUAUUUGCUAAUGAAAUGUGUAUGAGAAAAGCUAAAAAUAAAGAAGAAUACAAGGUCGUUACGGAAGAAGAAUGCAAGAAAUAUUGUCAAGAGAUGUGUACCGAAGAAUAUGCUCCAGUUUGUGGGGAAUACGAUAAUGCCUAUAAGACAUUCUCCAAUGAAUGUGAUUUUUAUAGACACAGUUGUCAGAAGAAAGAAUCAUACAUUUUCUUACAUGUCGGUGAGUGUGAUCAAGCAGUAGCUGCCUAAACUUUUUAAACCAAUCAAUUCCUAUAUUAAGUAUUAUUGCAUUUUCAAGAAAAUUUUGUGAUAAAAAUAAAAAUCAAUAUAACGAACAAAUUAUUAAAAAAAAAAAACAAUUAUAAUUUGAAAUGAAUGAUUGUAAAAAUUAUUACUAAAAAAUUACUGUUAUAAAUGUAAAGCGUAUGUAAACAAUAUCAUCAGGUAAAAAGAAAUAUAUAAGAUAUUGUUCAUAAAAAACACACGAAUUUUACUUACAAAAUAAUUGAACAAAAAGCAAUUAAGUAAAUACCUGAAAAGAAAAAAUAAUAUUAUUAAUUAAAAAUACUUUAAAACAGGUAAUAAAAUGUGGGUUAUCAAUAUAAGUACAAUGACCUUUAAAUAAGCAAUGUUUAAGAAUACAAAUUUUAUAAUAAUGCCAGCUCUACUAUAAAUAUAGGAAGUUUUAUAAAAAAUAUUCAUUAAUAUUCAAAAUGUUGCUGAAAUCAAUAUUUGUAAUAAUAUUUAUGACAAUUUCCAUGUCUUUCUCUCAACGUUGUCCCGACAUGUGUAUGACUUUAUAUCGUCCUGUCUGUGGAAUUGCAACAAGUUUAAGAAUACAGUGUACCUUUAGUAAUUCCUGUGGAUUAGGUGUAAGAAGUUGCCAAAGACCACGAGAAGGUUGGAGAUUGUUCCAUGAGGGAAUUUGUCGCUUUAAUUCCGCAGAGUGCAGAGAAUUAUUAAUAAUUUAAAUGGAAUGGAUAAUGUAAUGAAUAAAAAAUAAUAAUUUUAAGUGUCAUUAUUAAA